AUGGCCUUGUUCGACAAAUUGUUUUCUCUCAAGAGAAAACUUGAUGAUCGCGAACCAAGAAACCGCGACAGGUCCUGUCAGAUAAAUCCAGAGCAAGUGCGGUUGCUUCUGUUCAAAGAGUGUGAUUGGAGGGGCAGGAAGCUGUUGUUUGACUCUGCUGCUAUACAAAAAGUCCCAGCCAGUAAAAAUGAUAAGCCAAAUGUCAGACAGUCAGAAGAAGUGCCAUGCAUACUGGAGGUGUCAGAAGGAUUCACAUACUUGUAUAAGGGACCGGCGGCAGACGCGAACGUUCUCGGUGAGAUGAUAUUUGGUGCAGUCGCCAUGAACUACAAGAGCGUAUCAUUGAAAAUCCACAUCAUGGAUGAGCCAAGGAGGUUGAUGUGCUCCAAAGUGUUCUGCGUACCGUCUCGACGGAUUAGCCGAGUAGGCAAUCCGGAGAGAAGAGAAGCAAGCGGUUGCGAGAACGGGGACCGAUCUAAACCGCUCAGUGUUCCUCUUGUGAGGGAAGAGGGAGUUUCGCUCAGUUUUUCGCUUGAUAGAGGAGAUUCGGGUUAUUACGGAGACCAUUCGCCGUACAGCAGCAUUGGGUCCACGAACGACUACUUCUCAAUGUGCGAUAUCUGGGAUAGCAACAACCAAGACGAUUUCGCUUCUUUUCAUCUACCAACCGGCAGAAAACUUAGCACGUCAAGCAAUGGCAGUUGGCAACGGAGAACUUUCCAGAAUAUGGCGACGAGGUUCGAUGUCGGACAUCAGAGUAGCAAUCUGCUUGGAGUUCCAACAGCAACUAGCAACACCGCCAGUUCUGAUUCACAGAUCUACAGCAAUAGUACGACGAGCGGUACAUGUGAGAGUAUAGCAAGCACAGGGUCAGCCAUGUUGCACAGGAAGAACAAGCUCGGACUAGCGUUGCUAAUCAGUGUCAACGAUUCUACGCAAAUGUUAUCGGAUCUGGUGUACGGGCCUCGCCUCCAGCCGAUGUGGUUGAAUCUAGUCACGGGCGACGCGCGGACGUCCAGCAAAUUGGCUGAGAAUCUUUUGUCUGAUCUCUGUGCUGUGUUGUCUAUGGGAGACACCAAGACCACCAAUUUUUUCAUCAGCACGCUUCUGACGCACGUGCUUACUUACCACCUCGGCUGGGUGGCCACCGUGAGCCCGUACGACACCAUCGACCACCAGGCGAGGCCACAGGAUGCAGCCGAGGCCAAACCUUACAACGCACUAUGGGCUCAGCUCGGCGACCUCUGCGGGAGUAUCGGCUUCCCUCCCCGCACCGCCCGCACCAUCAUCAGCGGCUCCAACAACACGCAGUUCCUCAACAAGCUGCUCGUCGUGCUCACCUACUUCGUGCGCUGCGGUGACGUCAGACGUAACGACUUCGUAUUCCAAGACUGCACACUUAAGGAAACCAAAGUCGUCAACGUCACUCCCCCGCCUACCGGCCUCAAGAGGGUCGCCACGCGUGUCAACAAGCUGGAACAGUGCGAAACAGACAGUUUAACAGUGCCGUCAGUGAAUACUCAGAACAGUGAUAGUAGUGUCAGUACAUUAGCGGCUAGCGAGGUCAGCAUCAAGCGAUCGUCCACGCUCGCCAACUUAGGUCAAAAGCUCUCUAAUAGCUCCGAGUUCGCAGGAGUAGACUGUAGUUCAACGAGUGACGUUCCAGUUACCAGCCUGCUCAAGAGGAACCCAACCAUGAUGCUGUCGUUAAAAGCUUCUUCGGAUUCUAGUCUAAAUUCGUCGCUUUCGGAGAACGAGACGGAGGAAAAGAAAGUAGUUUUUGUGUUGGGUGACAACGAUAAAUUGGUUGGGCUCAAGAACAAGUCUGCUGACGGCAAAUCAGUGAAAAAAUCUUCCAAAAUCCAGAAUGAGCCUCUUACCCCUGAUGCGCCUGAGAAGACGACUGAACCGUGCAAGAAAGAUGGCUGUGAGCAGGACAAACGGGCCGACAGCCCGUCUAAAUGCUGCGGGCAAACGCUUCAACAUUCCAAACCAAUCAAACAUUCCGGUUUUAAGUUCGAGUUCGAUAAGUACCCUCAGAUAGUCACUAAUUAUAUGAAGAGCAAAAACUUAGAGAUAUUAGAUAGACACUAUAUCGGUAAACCGGGGAAUUUGAAGCUGGACAACUUCCAGUUUGACCCGACGGUCGUGCCGCCGAUACAGGAGGAGCGGUGCGAGACGUGCGUCAAGUGCCAGAUGCUGGAGUCCAUGCUGCAGACUCCCACCAACGCCUCGGAGAUGGAGUACAUGAACGACAUGCCGAGGCAGAUAGAGCCGCAGUACGCCAGGGAGACCAUCGUGGAGCCUUCGCCCGAGAGAGAGGCACCCAAGACGUUUGUGAGGCAGCGGAAGGAAAAUACAGUCGUUGUUAACGUGAAGCCGAAGGAAGAAGUGUGUGAACCAAAAAAGCCUGAGCGGAGGUUGCGGGGGAGGGAGAAGGCGAGUGAGCAGCUGGUGGACGUGAAGCAAGUCGUGGAGUUCCCGGUGGGCGACCUCUGCGGGGGCUGCGGGCCGCGCGCCGGGUACCAUGCCUCGCUGCUCGGGGGGCUCACCGACCAUUAUGUACCUGAUCUAGUUUUACAAGGAACAAUCGCCAAGCCGGCCGCUUGGGAGCCUGAGUUACGUCGCGACUUGGAUCUGACGUCGUAUAUCAAUAAGACUGCAGAGUCACCGGUACAAGCAGUCGCCAUCGUGGGAGACAUUAGUUCUUGGGAAGUGCGGGUAAUAGGCAGGGAUUGCGGUUCAAGUGGAAUGUCGUCGCUAGUGGGCGCCAUGUUGGAUACGUUACCUGCCAUGUGGAAGGCUAAGGUGCCUGCGCAACAGUGCAUAUCAUUCUUGGAGAGCAAGCUCCGUGAAUUCUGCGUGCUAUCGAAGACACUAGCUGACAUGUUGAUGUCGACCGACUUCUGUGACAUCGCCACGCUGACCAAGUCUCUGAACAUCGACGUCAACGACGUCCCACUGUUGUUAGCCGUGGCCAGUACUCAUACGCCACAAGUGGCCGCUAGAUAUGGCCUUAGCUACGGGUAACAUACCCAAAGGCCGUGGGAUUCCACGCACUGGUUAACUUGAAACAAGAAAUCAAAGGUAUUCUACACCUAUCAGCUAGUUCUGGCAUUCAAAGCCAAGAAACCAAGGAAAAAUCGGCAAUUAGUAGAACUUCAACUAUAAUGUUGCCGAUUUAAAAGAAAGCUGGCUUAACUACCAAAAUGGUAGUUUUAUACGUGGUAGAAAAUUCAUUGUGUAUCUUCUUUAAAUUUUUGCUAAAUGUUACGAUAGUAAUCACAAUUUUUAAUACGCACUCUUAAUAUGACGUGGUAUAUUUACGACGUUGAUAUGUGAUCGGAAUUUCUACGAAUACGUCGCGUCGGAUCAGUAGGUCCUAAGUGCAAUAUGCUUGCGUCAUCGAGUAGUAAAUGAAUGGAAUGCCAAUGUGCGGAAGCGAUGCGUUCGUUGCCACCAAAUUCGUCAUUUGAACGAUUCAAACUUCAACUCGUGUGAGACGCCAUGACACGUUAAGUCUCUGUCAUAUUGCGUCAUCUAUUCUAUUCUUAAAUAUAGUGCUAAUAAUUGCAUCCGUGACGUUUUCUCUAAGCAUGCAACUGUCUCAAAGUUCAUACUUACAAAUUAUUAUAUUACCAAAGUCUGCUUACGUAAAUAUCAGUCGGUUUCGGCUGUGUUCCGUAUUGUAUUAGGUACCUAUGAAUGAAUACUAUUUAUUGAUGAAGGAAUCUAAAUUGCAGCUCUUGUACGGUAAUAGGUAGCUACGUGGCACGAAAUUUCUUAUAAUUUACAUUGAAAAAAUUGAGGCAUGAAAUUUAUUGUUGGUAGUCGAACAAUGAAUUGUCGCAAAGCGGAAUUUUAAUAACCCGCGCAGUAUUGGCUAAUGAUUAACUUAAUACCCCGUUGGGAAAAUCCGGGAACUAAUUUAUUUUGAUCGUAUAUUAUAAUAAUCGUAGGGAAUAUCGCUAAAAUGCAUAAUAAUCGAUCGAUGUUAGUAAAUUAUUAAAACUUGCCAUAAAGUUACAGCAUUAUAUUGUAGUUUUAAAUUUAAAUAAAACGUAUAGAACAAUGUUUUAAAUAUUUCAAAAGUGUAACUUUGAAAUACAAAUUCUUGCAGUAGCGUUGCGCGGGAAUCUGUGAUUUUAUUAUUAUUAUUAUUUUGUAAUAUGUUAUUUGUAUAUGUCGCGGGUAAAGUUCGUUGAAUGUGGGCGUCAUUCGGGCGUUGCCAACAUUGUCGAAGUUAGUACAAUAAAUAAUUCGAUAAAUACGCGUUGCCCGGCAGUUGUAAACAUUACACAAACACCGGACUUUGCCUGCUAAAUAUCUAUUUUGAUUGUGAUAAUCGCGAAACAAUAUUCGAGAAUCACUAUGUGAUUUGAAAUCAGUUGAGGUUUUUAAAAGGCCUACGUAUAAUUGUGAUAGUCAAUUAAAUUUUAUAUAUUUAUUUAUACAUCAAGCUCAAAAGCUGUCAAGAUAUUUUAUGAUAUAUUUUGUUUGUAAUGGCCACGUUGCCGAUGCACUAUCUUUUAAUAUAAUCGCGUAGUUGUAGGAAUUUGGCAGCAUUCAGCAGAUAGGCAGUUACAUAGCGGUUUUAUGAAAUAUCUUUACUGCUGCUCUUUAUACGAAAGGCAGAAUCUUCAAAUGUACAAGUCUUAACAGAACAAAAGUUACCCAUGUUAUAUUAAAUAUUUAAUGAAAUGAACAAAAUUUUAAUCUAGACUUUAGAAUGAAUUAAUAAGGUCGCAUUUGCUUUGUAUUGUAAACUGAUUGUAUUUUGCUGAAAAUAAGCUACGAAAUCUUCACUGCGUCUCUUUCAAACCUCUAAUGCGAAUGAAGGAUAGCAAUACUAUCAGUAUAAGCGAAUUGCAUAUACUUUUUCACAAAUACUCAUACAUUUUUGUAAUACAAAGAAGAUAUCAAACACGAAAGUUAUUUAUGUGAACAUUCCAUUGCGUUUAUUAUCUAUGUUAAGCAAUAGCGUGGUGGAGUGCAUUGUGCAUAGAAUAUUUCGUGCUUGACAUUUUCAAAACGCCUGUCGCACACAUGCUUAGUAUACUUUACAUAUGCAGUUACAAAUUGUUCUAGCCAAAAUAUUAUAUUUAUAACUUUUACACGGUUACAGCGACUGUGCUCACCGUAUUUAUAUAUUUUUUGAUAGAACGCCAUGUCGGACAAUGGUGUCCGACGCUAGUGGAGGGUUAGCCUUAAACAGUUUUUGUCGGCAGUCAAAUGCUUAAAUUGUUUAUGUAGUAUGAAGUUCUGUUAAUCUUAUCACUGUUUCUGUUAAAAGAUUGGUCUGUUGUUUGACAAUAACAAGCGAAUAUGAUAGUCUCCCACUAGUCAACUUCAA